AUGAUGGCCAUGCGCUUGGUCUUGUCCCUCGUCGCCGUCGUCGGCGGCGCGGGGAGCCGGGGGUCGAGCGGCUGCGAGGCCUGCGUCGGCCUGAGCGCCCGCGGGUGCCUCGACGCCCUCGGGGCGUCCCUGGCGGCCCUCGGCGACGGCAGCCGCGUGAUGGUGCUCGAGACGGUCCUCGCGGGCAGCGACCGCUGCGACGGCGCGGACCUCGCGACGUGCGCGGCCCGCUACGACGAGCUCGUGGCGUCGCUGGCCCGGCCGGCGCGCCUGCGGCGCCUGCGGGCGGCCUGCGGCGGCGGCCGCGCGGCCGCGGCCGCGGCCGGCGCGGCCGCGCCGGACGCGUUCGGCGCCGGCGGCGACGGCGCCGCGGCCGCCGGGCCGCCCUGGGGCGUCGCGAGCCUCGGCGGCUGGUCCCUCGGUUCCGCGGGGCGCGAGACGGCGACCUGCGCCGCCUGCGACGGCGCGGCGACGCGCGACGGCUGCGUGCGGGCCGCCUUGGCCGCGCAUUUCGACGACGCCGCGGGCCUCGCGGCCGUCGUCGACGCGCGCGUCCUGGGGCAGCCCGACGACUCCGACGACGACGCCGCGCGCGCGGCGCUCCUCGCGGCGCUCUGGGACGGCGGCGUCGACGGCGCCGCGCGCUACGCCGCGGUCGUCUCGGCGUGCGCGGCCGUCGAAGCCCGCGGCCGCGACGCCUUCCUCGGCGACGGCCGGGGCGCCGCCUACGCCGAGGAGCGGCGCACGGGCUCCUGCGGCGCCUGCGGCGACGGCGACGACGCCGCGUGCGCCGCGCGGCUCCGGGAGGCGCUCCGCGCGGCGGACGACGACGACCGCCUCGCGGUCUACGAGGUCGCCUUCGCCGGCGGCGACGACUGGUGCGCCGGCGGCAACGACGCGGCGACCUGCGCCGACCGGCGCGCCGACAGGCUCGAGGGCGUCCUCUUCGACGGCCUCGACGACGGCGCGCGCGCGGACGCGCUCGAGCGCGCGUGCGCGGCGGCGCGCCGCGCGUCGGGCGCGUCGUGGGCCGCGCCGCUCCUCGGGCGCAAGGCCGACGACGACGAGGUCAACGACCUCACGACGACCACCACCACCACGGCGAAGACGAAGAAGCGGGGCUACGUCGACGGCUACGGCGCCGCGCGGACGGCGGGCGCGGCCGCCGUCGCCGCGGGCCACGCGUCGCGGAGCCGCGGCGGCUCCGUGAACCGCCGCUACAAGCGCAAGCGCACGUCGCUGACGUUCGCGAAGACCUGUGCGAAGACGGUGUUGCCCCUCGCGGGGCUCUUCGCGGCCUUUUACGUCGCGCGCGCGGCCGCGCGCCGGCUCCGGGGCCGGCGCCAGGGCUACGCGCGCGUGCCCAAGUCCGACGACCUACCCGACGCCGGGGGCCAGGUCUGGGCCAUCCCGACGUCGGGCCUCGUGCGCCGGCCGUCCGCGGAGCUCCUCCAGCAGACCGCCGACGCCAUGCGCGACGAGGAGCGGUUCCAGAUCUGA